GGCGGCGGCUCGUGCGCGCGCGCGCGGGCGGGCGGGCCGGGCGCGGAGGAGUCUGGAUCGUCGGAGCCCACGGCUUUGGCAACAUGUAAGCAACUUCUUGCCAAGAACCAGGUCAACACUGAGAAACAGGCACUAGGGAGAAGAAUUUCCAGAGGAAACCAAUGCCAGCCGCGUCUGGAAUUACACUUACCACAGGCAGCAUGAGACAUUCUGUGCCAGAGCCUAUGUCCGACUGGCAGAGAACAUAGCUCUCCAGGUAGGAGGGUCCUGGAAGCAACAUGCCCCAGGAGCCUCUCUAGAGGAAGAAUGGAACCAGAAAUGAACUCUGUACAGUGAAUAUGAUUUCAGCUUAUGAAGGAAUUUUAAGUAAAAUAAUUAUUUAAUUCCACAGAUUCAAGUUCAGGAACCUUUUUGUGUGAAUUGCCAGUAGUCCACCCGCCUCCCCAAGAGGUAUCGAGAUUUUCUGGCACCAGGUUGAACUCUUCUUGGUACUUCUGGCAAUGACAGAUAUUCAGGACAGAUCUAUCUGCUAAAAGCACUUGAGCAGGAAAAAAAAUAACACCGCUUCUGGAAGCAACUUAAAGGUAGCAGCGCAGAUUCCUGCCUCACUGCUCACUUUUACAGAAACUCAGACUGGACUUUGAUCUUACUGAAGAUUGAUCCGGCCUCAAAGUCAGUCUCUUGUGGAGAUUGAGCAUUUGGAGGCCAUCUCCUGCAGCCCCUUUUACUUUUAUCUACUCCCAAGCUUUCUCUUCAGGAACCUGAAUGGUGUGAACUUUGGGAUGGAGCUUGUCGUCCCCUGGAGCCUUGAUUCUGUUCUCUUGCUGACUUUGUCUGAGAGGACAUUGUGAAGACUGUGUCUGUUCUUGGGGAGGAGGGCCUUCGGCUUGCCUGGAUCCUCCACCAUGUUUCUGUUGCUGCCUUUUGACAGCCUGAUUGUCAACCUUCUGGGCAUCUCCCUGACUGUCCUCUUCACUCUCCUCCUUGUUUUCAUUAUAGUCCCAGCCAUUUUUGGAGUCUCCUUUGGUAUCCGGAAGCUUUACAUGAAAACUUUGUUGAAAAUCUUUGCGUGGGCUACCUUGAGAAUGGAAAGAGGAGCCAAGGAGAAGAACCACCAGCUCUACAAACCCUAUACCAAUGGAAUCAUUGCAAAAGAUCCUACUUCACUGGAAGAAGAGAUCAAAGAAAUUCGUCGAAGUGGUAGUAGUAAGGCUCUGGAUAAUACUCCAGAGUUUGAACUAUCUGACAUUUUCUACUUUUGCCGGAAAGGAAUGGAGACUAUUAUGGAUGAUGAAGUGACAAAGAGAUUUUCAGCAGAGGAGUUGGAGUCCUGGAACCUGCUGAGCAGAACCAACUAUAACUUUCAGUACAUCAGCCUUCGGCUCACAGUUUUGUGGGGCUUAGGAGUGCUGAUUCGCUAUUGCUUUCUUCUGCCACUCAGGAUAGCCCUUGCUUUCACCGGAAUUAGCCUUCUGGUGGUGGGCACAACCGUAGUGGGAUACAUGCCAAGUGGGCGGUUUAAAGAGUUCCUCAGUAGACAUGUUCACCUGAUGUGUUAUCGGAUUUGUGUGCGAGCCCUGACAGCCAUCAUUACCUACCAUGACAGGAAAAAUAGGCCUAGAAACGGUGGCAUCUGUGUGGCGAAUCAUACCUCUCCUAUUGAUGUCAUCAUUCUGGCAAGUGAUGGUUACUAUGCCAUGGUUGGUCAAGUGCAUGGAGGCCUCAUGGGUGUGAUUCAGAGAGCCAUGGUGAAGGCCUGUCCUCAUGUCUGGUUUGAGCGUUCUGAAGUAAAAGAUCGCCACCUGGUGGCUAAAAGACUGACUGAGCAUGUACAGGAUAAAAGCAAGCUGCCCAUCCUCAUCUUCCCUGAAGGAACCUGCAUCAAUAAUACAUCUGUGAUGAUGUUCAAAAAAGGAAGUUUUGAAAUUGGAGCUACAGUUUAUCCUGUUGCUAUCAAGUAUGACCCUCAAUUCGGUGAUGCUUUCUGGAAUAGCAGCAAAUAUGGAAUGGUGACAUACUUGCUGAGAAUGAUGACCAGUUGGGCUAUAGUUUGUAGCGUUUGGUAUCUUCCUCCUAUGACCAGAGAGGCAGAUGAAGAUGCUGUCCACUUUGCAAAUAGGGUGAAAUCUGCCAUUGCCCGUCAAGGAGGACUCGUGGAUCUUUUGUGGGAUGGCGGUCUUAAGAGGGAAAAGGUGAAGGACACAUUCAAAGAAGAGCAGCAGAAGCUGUACAGCAAGAUGAUUGUUGGGAACCACGAGGACAGGAGCCGGUCCUGAGCCCCGGCCUCAAGCUGACUCAAGCCACCAGACCUGAAUCAUGACCCAGGAAUCAGUUGGAGUUGUUGCUGCCGCCGCCUCCACUGCUGCAUCCACUGCUGCCUCCAGGGCUCUUUGGCCUGCUCUGGAUCCAGGACUCCAGCUUCUUCAGAGACGCCCAAAACUCCUGGGCUUGUCAUCUGUAGGAGCACUGCUGGGUAAAGGUGCCCGGGACAAGAUGCCUUCUUUCUUUUACAAUAAGCCUGUUGGAGGGAUGCCAUUAAAGUCAGCUCCACCUGUGCAUGUGCAGGCUGGUGGUUGGGAAGCAACAGCCACUUUCCCACGUUAGGUGUUAGUCUAUUGUGGAGGCCCACAUGCAGGGUAGGGGCCACCCUGCUACAAGGAGGUAGUGCUGAGGCUAGGGCCUUGAUUUAGUCUAAGCCUGUCUCCUGCCAUCUCUCCCAACUUCCUCAACCAUACCCCAAUCUCAAAGCUCUGCAGAUGUAACAUAAAAAAAAAAAAGCAUUCAUCUUCAGGGACUUUCAUAUCCAGAAUGAAAAUUUCCAGUCUUUUGAUGCUUCCCUUAAGCAGUCCUCAAGGGGAUAUGGAGACGUGAGCGGGACCCUCAGAUAGUGUAUGUUGAGAACCAAGAGACAUUCCGUGUUCCAACACCAGUUGCUCACCCCCAACUCCCAUGUGACUGGCUCUUUGUUAACACAUGCCUCAGUUUCUCCAUCUGUAAUCUGACUCAGGAGAGGGAAGGUGGUUGAUACCUACCUCACAGGGCUUGUUGUGGGGAUUAAAGUGCUACUGUGAGUGAAGGACGGUAAUGCUCAGUAUUGUAAGUGCAAGUUCUUGAAAUGUGACAGAGGAGAUCUGAACUCAGCUGAUGCACAAGGCUUUGGAUUUGUUUUUGUGAGUAAAUAAAAUUGUCUUUGAUGGUGAAGAAA